CGGCCGCGGCCCGCCAGGUCCUCUCGCGCUAUGACGGCCAGUGCGGAGACGCGGGGGCGACGCCCAGGAGUCGGGGUAGGAGUAGUGGUGACCAGCUGCAGGCAUCCUCGCUGCGUCCUCCUGGGGAGGAGGAAAGGGUCAUUUGGAGCCGGCAAUUUCCAACUUCCCGGGGGCCACUUGGAGUUCGGUGAAAGCUGGGAAGAAUGUGCUCAAAGGGAAACCUGGGAAGAAGCAGCUCUAAACCUGAAAAAUGUUCGGUUUGCCUCGGUUGUGAAUUCUUUCGUUGAGGAAGAGAAUUACCAUUAUGUCACUAUUUUAAUGAAAGGAGAGGUGGACGUGACUCAUGAUUCAGAACCAAAGAAUGUAGAGCCUGAGAAAAAUGAAAGUUGGGAGUGGGUUCCUUGGGAAGAAUUUCCUCCCCUGGACCAGCUUUUCUGGGCACUACGUUGUUUAAAGGAACAAGGCUACGAUCCAUUUAAAGAAGAUUUGGAUCAUCUGGUAGGAUACAAAGGAAAUCACCUAGAGGUGAACAAGGAGACUCCCUGAUUUUUUUUUUUUUUUUAAUGGGUUAGCCAAAAAAAAGAAGUUCGUCCAGUUUUCCUGUAAGAUGGCUGUAGAAGUGCUUAGUUGUGUUUAACUUCAUUAGAAACAAUUUUGUUGGAUUGUAUUGUGACAGCUGUCAUAUCAACGUGUAUUUAAAAAACUUAUCAAAAUUGGUGAAUUUUUGUGUUGCCAUUUUAAUACUGAAGAUGGAAGAAAAAAAGCAACAUUUUCGGCAUAUUAUGCUUGAUUAUUUCAAGAAAGGUAAAAAUGCAACUGAAACGCAAAAAAAGAUUUGCGCAGUGUAUGGAGAAGGUGCUGUGACUGAGCGAACGUGUCAAAAGUGGUUUGCGAAGUUUCGUGCUGGAGAUUUCUCGCUGGACGAUGCUCCACGGUCAGGUAGACCAGUUGAAGUUGAUAGCGAUCAAAUCGAGACAUUAAUUGAGAGCAAUCGACGUUAUACCACUCGGGAGAUAGCUGAUAUACUCAAAAUAUCCAAAUCAAGCGUUGAAAAUCAUUUGCACCAGCUUGGUUAUAUGAAUCGCUUUGACGUUUGGGUUCCACAUAAGUUAAGCGAAAAAAACCUUCUUGACCGUAUUUCCGCAUGCGAUUCUCUACUGAAACGUAAUGAAAACAUUCCAUUUUUAAAACAAAUUGUGAUGGGCAAUGAAAAAUGGAUACUGUACAAUAAUGUAGAACGGAAGAGAUCGUGGGGCAAGCGAAAUGAACCACCACCAAGCACACCAAAGGCCAGUCUUCAUCCAAAGAAAGUGAUGUUGUGUAUAUGGUGGGAUUGGAAGGGAGUCCUCUAUUAUGAGCUCCUUCCGGAAAACCAAAUGAUUAAUUCCAACAAGUACUGCUCCCAGUUAGAUCAACUGAAAGCAGCACUCGACGAAAAGCGUCCAGAAUUAGUCAACAGAAAACAUAUAAUCUUCCAUCAGGAUACCACAAGACCGCAUGUUUCUUUGAUGACCAGGCAAAAACUGUCACAGCUUGGCUGGGAAGUUCUGAUUCCUCCACCGUAUUCACCAGACAUUGCACCUUCGGAUUUCCAUUUAUUUCGGUCUUUACAAAAUUCUCUUAAUGGAAGAAAUUUCAAUUCCCUGGAAGACUGUAAAAGGCACCUGGAACAGUUCUUUGCUCAAAAAGAUAAAAAGUUUUGGGAAGAUGGAAUUAUGAAGUUGCCUGAAAAAUGGCAGAAGGUAGUGGAACAAAAGGGUGAAUAUGUUGUUGAAUGAAGUUCUUGGUGAAAAUGAAAAA